CAGACUAAAAAUGGGGUUUGGUGUAAAUCUAGGGUGUAUUGCUGUCAUAUAUCACGCUACCUCGUAAAAACGACACAGAGGAUUCUGAGCCAACAAAUCCGAGCGUGAGGAAAAAAGAAAAAAAAAUGAGUUCUUAUUAUGUGAACAGUCUCCUUUACAAUUCUGUACCGGAUAGUUCUCUGUUUCCGAUCUCAGAAGGAGCUUGUUGCGGGGUUGGACCCGAGGGGAAGGACCAUCGGACUGCGGCCAUCGCUUUUGCGCCAUCGCUUUCUGGCGUUUACAGCUUCAGUAGCGCAGCGUUCCAGGACCUGAAUCCUUUGUUUUCCUCGGCAGAUGGCCAGAGACCGGACAUACACACUUUGGACCUCAGCAACCCGUUUGACCAAGGCCGCCUGAUCAGCGGGAGCUGCUGCCAUCUAGGGCCGGGAGCCCCUUCCUCACCCCAGGACAAACAGUACCGGAUGUUCCCAUGGAUGCGGGCAUCAGAUCCAAACCGUAGACGGGGCCGACAGACCUACUCCCAGCACCAGACCUUGGAGCUGGAGAAGGAGUUCCACUUUAACCGGUACCUGACCCGCAGGCGGCGGAUAGAGAUCGCGCACGCCCUCUGCCUCUCGGAGAGACAGAUCAAAAUCUGGUUCCAGAACCGCAGAAUGAAGUGGAAGAAGGACAACAGGGAUGAGUCCAACAGUAUGGAGACAAAACACGGAGACACUAUGGCCACAUCCGGAGAUGGAGAUCCUGACAGGACAGACCCAGGGGAUCCCAAUCAUUAACAGACACAGAUAAAACAACAGAAUCAUUACUAAUUUCCAGGGAUUCAUUCUUGACUUUUCAUUGGUGCAAAUAGGCCUUGUUGAGAGAUAAAAUUAUUUAAAUCUUAACAUAUUAAAAUUUUAGAUCCCCAGAAGCUACACACCUAAAGAAAAUUAAGAAUAAUGGCCGUAAAAACAUAUUUGCUUUAUUUUUAUAUGCAGCUUUAUAAACAGAAGUUCACACACAUAUGACUGAAUACUAAUGAACUGCCAUUCCUUUGAACGAAAACUACGACUAUCUUUCUUUUUUAAAUAAAAGUCGACAAACUUUUUUUUCGUUCAAUUUUUAAGUUGGAAAUUAUACUGCUUGGAGCAUAGAUGCGCCUUAUGACGAGGCAGAUGUGUGCUUCAGUUGUUAUUACUAAGGAAUAAAGCUAGUAGCCUACUA